UCGUAACGAGCCACCUCGGCCCACCAAGGUAUGGAUGAUAUUGGUAAACUACCUGAUAGUAAGUUAAGCUGAUACCUCCUAGUCCUCGCCAUGCCUUACGUACCAUUUUAUUUAUUUACUUUACCUCCCUGACCGUACCAAGUUGCUUUUUAUCUCUUCUGUUUCAUGUAUAGGUCACAGGUUUUCUUUUUGCCUUGCAUUGCUAUCCUACGAAAUAUUCACGGUCUUGUCAGUGCUUCAUUUCUCUUGUAUAUUUAAUUGCUAAGUGGCUAAACUUCUGUAUCUACGAUACGUUUUGCUUCUUUAGCCUAGUUACCUACCCAAUUCUAGACAUACAUAUCUCUAGGAAGCAACUAAAUAAGCUAAUUUACCGAAGCUGGAACAUGCCGACUUCUUUAGCGCUUUCCCUGCCGGUGGCAGCGGCGGGGCUUGCAUAUCUCAAUGCUAAGACGGGAUUUUGGUAUGACAGAGCUAUGCUACGCGGCACUCUGCCGGCCAUCUUUCGCCUCAUCAACCGGGAGCGAAAAGACCGCUGCAGUACAUUUUAUACGCUGGAAGAAGCCGCAAAAAAUAAGUCGACCAGUAACCGGCCGUUUAUCCGCUUCCAGGAUAAGUCAUGGACGUACGCCGAGGUCUACGAGAUGGCGCUGAAGUACGGGAACUGGUUCAAGACGAAGUUUGGCGUCAAAUCUAAGGAUAUCGUCGCCGUCGAUCUUCAAAACUCGGAUCACUUCAUAUUCAUCUGCUUCGGCUUAUGGUCCAUCGGCGCAAAGCCGGCGUACAUCAACUAUAACUUAACCGGUCAACCGUUGGUUCAUUGCGUCAAUACGGCGAAUUCUGUCCUCAUAUUGGUCGAUCCAGAGGUUGCGACGAAUUUCGACGACACCGUCCGUGAGAAGCUAGGAGAUCUGAGAAUCGAGUUCUUAACAGGGGAGGCAAAGGCUGAGGUCCUUGCUACUGAGCCAGUACGACCGUCCGACUCUCUCCGCUCUGGCGAAGUGUCUAAAGAUAUAGCUAUUCUCAUUUAUACUUCUGGUACUACGGGGCUACCGAAAGCCGCCAUCGUGUCCUGGAAAAAGAUGACCUUGGCGGGAUCUUUCGUCAGUGGCUUCUUAGGGACGAAAAUAUCCGAUGUAUUCUAUACGUGCAUGCCCCUUUAUCACGGCUCGGCUACUAUUAUGGGUAUGAGCCAUUGCUUGGAAAGCGGCUGCACUUUUGCGAUCGGUAAAAGGUUUUCAACCAAGACGUUUUGGAGUGAAGCGCGCCAGCACGAUGCAACCAUGAUUCAAUACGUGGGGGAGACAUGUCGUUACUUGCUCGCAGCACGGCCACAGAUCGACCCAGCCACAGGCGAGAACAUGGAUAAGAAGCACAAUAUCCGUAUAGCGUUCGGCAACGGUCUACGGCCAGAUAUCUGGGAGAAAUUUAGAGAGCGGUUCAAUAUCGAAAGCGUUGCCGAGUUUUACGGGGCUACGGAGGGCAAUCUAGCGACGUGGAACCUUUCCCGCAACGAUUUCGCGACCGGAGCCAUCGGGCGUUUUGGGAUCCUCUACCGACAGAUUGCCAAACUUACAUCUGCAAUUGUACGGCAAGAUCCCGAUACAGAUAGUCCUUGGCGCGAUCCCAAGACCGGCCUCUGCCGACAUGUGAACCCCGGCGAAAUCGGCGAACUGCUGAUGACGUUGCAAGCCGACACGCAAAGGGACUUUCAAGGAUAUUACAACAACCAUGAGGCGACGGAGAAAAAGAUUCUUCGGAACGUGUUCAAGAAGGGCGAUGGAUAUUUUAGGACGGGCGAUCUCGUCAGUUUAGACAGCGAAGGUCGUAUGUUCUUCCACGACAGAAUCGGCGACACGUUCCGGUGGAAGAGCGAGAAUGUGGCGACGACAGAAGUGAGCGAGGCGUUGGGUACGCACCCGGCGGUACAGGAAGCCAACGUGUAUGGUGUGCAACUACCGAAUCACGACGGAAGGGCUGGGUGUGCCGCACUCACGCUAACCCAGGAAGUGCUUGAUGACACGCUACUACGGUCGUUGGCGGAGCACGCGCGUAACAAACUUCCUAAGUAUGCCGUGCCUAUAUUCUUGAGAAUAGGAAAGGGGCUUACGGCAGCGGUUACGGGCACGAAUAAGCAGCAGAAACACGGACUGCGUGAGCAAGGUGUUAACCCAACUCUAGUUGGCGACGAUGAGCUAUUCUGGCUCAAAGAUGGAACGUACGUGAAAUUUGGCAACAGUGACUGGAAUCGGUUGAAUGCCGGCCAGGUGAAGCUUUGAAUUUGAUAUUCAAAGGGUUAAGUCUCGUUGGAAUGCAGCGACGAUUUUACGAGAUAUGAUAUACAGACAAACCGAUAAGAUAGAUAAUAUCAUAUAUGAAGAUGAUCUGCGACUAUAAAAGAUAUGACGGGAGGAAAUACUCUCUUUGGACAGUUGCUGAGAGAUACUUUCAUAUAGGUUUCCUAAUAGGUUUAUGCUGAUAGGUCACAGCUAACUAGUACGUACCUACCUAGGUACAUGUACCCAUUGAAGGCACUCUACAUGUACCUAUGAGGUAGGUACACAUUGGUCCACUAACAGAAACGCUAAUGCAUGCAUAAAAGUACCCGCUGCUCCCGUUACCUGCAUGUAGGUAUAGAAUAGAAGUUCACCCCUCCUACCCCUCCAAAGACAGAAGAAAAGAAAAUAAUAAUAAAAAUAAAAUUUUCAUAUUUUAACUCUU